UGGUUAUCGUUGUGGAAUACUUAAUAAAAUUAAUGUAGAGAUAACAAUUCCUAAUCCUUGGAAUGGUAGUCUUACAAAUUUAAAUGUAAACGAAGUAUACCUUCCCGGAGUAAAAGGUUUUGAAAGUGAAGAUAUAGGAGGUCCAGUUUAUAUACAAACCGAAAACAACGGAACUACAACUGCCCAAGCUCUUGGCCAUAUCACAAACCUUUUUAAUGAUAAUAGUACUGGUCGUAAAUAUUUUUAUUAUACGCCAAUAGAAAAAGUGCUAUCGGCAGGAAUUAUUAAGUUAUCUACUUUUCAGCAGGCAAAUGCCGGUAACACUAAUGUAACUCAGGCAAAUUCCGAUAACAUUAAUGUAACUAUGAUAAAAAAUUCAGAUCGAAAUAAUUCUAGAAAUUUAAUGAAUUCAAAAAUAACAGAUGAAAAAUCUAUUUACGUUUAUGCUGGAAGUAUAAUACGUGUAGGGAGCCCUAAUGGUGCGCGUUGUACAACCAAUUUUCCAGUAAUCAAACCAAAUGGGAUAAUAGGUAUAUUAACAGCUGGUCAUUGUGCAUAUGCAAAUAUAGAUUUUAAUGUUUACAUAAGAGUUAAAGGAAAAUUUGAGGAGAUAGGAGAUAUUCCUAAUAUGGCAGUGGGAGAUGAAGACGGUAAUGAUUAUGCCUUUAUAGAAUUAUAUACUUGGAUAUAUGGAGAUCCAAAAGCAUGUGUUCUUAAACCUGACCGAAAUGGUAUACUUCAACUGGUGCCGAUAACGUCGAUUUAUUCUCCCAACUUAGGAGAGUAUGUGUGUGGUUUUGGAGCUGUUAAUAGUUAUGUUUGUGGUGAAAUUGUGGAAAUUAAUGUAGCAGUAAAAUUUUGGCCUGAACGAGGAAGUGGUCCUAUUUUGGUGAGUGGCUUGAAUAAAAUAAAAACUGAAAAAAGUAAGUUCUUUAAUAAAGGAGAUAGCGGUGGACCUAUAAUUACUAGUGAAGCUUUAGCCAAAGCUCAUGCAGUUGGCUAUAUAGUAGGUGGCAUAAAGGAAUUUGGUGUUGCGUAUUAUAUGCCGAUAGAGAAAUCGCUAAAAGCUAUGGGUGGUUAUUCUUUAAUAAUAACAGAUUCUUGCACAUCAUAA